AUGGAUUUGCGCCAUUUGUUUGUCGCCAGCAACGACGAUGAGGACGUUGUUUCUGGUGUACGGUCGCUGGGAGCGGAGCUUUCAGGGCGGCUCCACGAAUCGUUCACUCCUCUUGAGGAAGGUCAUUUUGUGGUGACCUUUCCAGAAUGGUGCCAACGAUCAUUGAACCAACUUCAAAAAGAAAUCGUGGACUUUAAGACAUGGCCCCCAAGGGAAUUGGAACUUCAAAUCGAAUGCCGCCUGCAGGAUUCGAACCUGGGGUCGAUUGAGUCGAUUGCUGUUAGCGACGAAGACAGUCACGUGUUUGUUGUCGAUGGGGACGACGAUUCGAUCAAGGAAUUCGGCGAGACUGGGGAAUUCGUCGGCCAUUGUCCCUUGAGGUUCGAAGGAUUCUUACCCCUGGACAUUUGUUGUCUUUCUCAAGACAAUUUCGUUAAGGAAAUGAAAUCAAAAGAAUCCAACUUGAGAAAUCGCUGGGGUCGGGUUUUCUUUCUUCUCUCCCCCUUCUUUCCGCUGAUCCCACCACCGAGAAUUUAUUGGGGACAAGACGAAGAAUGUCGGAAAUCUUCAAUCCCUCCUUCUCCCGCUUCUAAAUUUCAUCCCUCCCUCUCCUUAAAACUGUUUUUCUUUCUUUUCUCUACCCUCUCCUCCACCUCCGACUUUUCCCCUCUCUCUAUAUUUGCUUAUGUUUAUCAAAGCCAACCAAGUCUGCCAUUUUUCGAUGACCACAAACGAAAGAAAAAGAAAACUGAAAGCUAA